UCCUUCGAACUUGGAAGCAGCAACUAUCUGCCCCCUGCCUGAAGCUGGCACAAAUAUGCUUUCGAGAAUAUCUCCUCGAGCUUCUCAGUCCUCAACUAGUUCCUUGCUUAGUUUUUUUAGUCGCAACAGCAGCAGUAGCAAUACAAAAAUCUAUGAGCUGAGGACAUAUGACAUCAUACCAGAAAAACUCCCCUUUUUCAUCCAGCUCUCAAACUCUCAUUUCCACUUGAGGACUGCUCAUUCUCGCAUGAUUGGAUACUGGACCUCCGAACUAGGAGCUCUGAGCCAAACUAUACACUUGUGGGAGUAUGAUAGUUUAACACAAAGAGCAAGCAUAAGGAAGACUUUAUAUCAAGACAAAGAUUGGCUAGAGUAUUUUGUUAAGCCAGCUUUACCUUGCAUUAAGAAACAGAGCAACAUUGCUCUCUCUUUGCUACCGUGGACACCACUCAAUGAGGAAAAUACUGAUAAACCAAGAGCAUUUCAGUUGAUUCAGCGUUCGUUCAUGCCUGGACAUUUCAAGCAAUGGGAAAGUUUAAUGAAACAAGGCUGGGCAUCAAGACCACAUCACUCUCAACCAAUCGGAUUCUGGAAAACAGAAUUUGGCCCAGCUGAUAAUGUGUAUGAGCUUUGGGCUUAUGAGAGUUUUGAUCAAGCAAUUGCAGUCAAGGAGAAUAAAGAAUGGAGAGACACAGUUGGUCAGGCUGUUCUUUAUACUAAGGAAAGUUAUGUUAAAGGUUUGCUACCAAUAGAGAUAUCACCACUGAAAUAAUAAACUAAAACAAUA